UCCAAAACAAACCACAGCAUCAACCGAGAAAACAGUUUUCACACUUUUCAUUCACUCCCAUAAAGAGCUGACUAACUAACCAUCACGUACUUAUCCCCCUUGGGUUCAUUUCUUUUUUCUGUGUAACGGUAUUGCUCAUUUGAGGUGGAUCAUUAGUACAAGAUGAACAACGGGAAUACAAAUACAAAUGCAGGCACUGACCCUCAAUAUCAGACUCCAUAUAAUGACAACAUCACCCCAGCAGCAUUAUUGGAACAGCUAGUAUACGUUGAUACAUUCAUGCCUGAAAUUGACGAUCCUACACAACUUGACGAAAGGCUCACUGCGGAGCUUAGCGCCUUUGCUGAUGACUCCUUCAUCUUCCCAGAUGAGGAGAAGCCAAAGAAGCCUGAAGAAAACGAUAAUAACGAAGGCCACAACAACAACAAUGGUGUGGCUAACGGUGAUUUAAAUCUGAAUAGCCAAUCGCUAUUAUUCAACAAUUUGAACAACGGUACUAAUUCCAGUAAUCUUGGAAUUUCAAACCACACUGCUGGAUUGCCUAUCAACUCAUUUGGUAAUGGGAUCAACAGCAUGCUACCGCUAAACUCUCUGAGUAAUCAUAGCUCACCGAGUGCAAACAUAUACUCGUCCUCAAUCAACACCGGGAGUAAUAACUCACGCACUAAUGGGAAACCUACUGACCUUUUGUCAACUUUACCAAAAGUACACGUCCCCCCAGGAGCACAGUCAUCUUUGAUUGCAGCAGGGUUAUCGCAAACACAGAUCGAUGCCCUUGCAGCUUUAAUCGCACAGCACCAAGGUGGAUCGGCUGAGUCGACAUCGCCAUUGCCACAGAAUUCAUUGGGCAGUACGUCGAGGCUCAAUUCCAUAGAUCACACGUUCCAGGCUCAUUCUCCUCUGAAUAGUAUUUCAGUUAAUCCACUGACAACGUCUCUCUCCACGGAAUCUUCGGCUCAAACUCCAGCUUCCUCCUCAAGUAUUGCACAGUCGUUACGAAACAAUGAGAAUACACAACUGCCGCCUGAAUUGGCUGACAUUAAAGUUGAACCUACUGGCGAUGUUGAGCUUGACAAGAGACGUCGCAAUACUGCGGCCUCUGCAAGAUUUAGAAUCAAGAAAAAGAUGAAAGAGCAACAAUUGGAAAGAAGUGUACGUGAAUUGACUGAAUUGUCUAUGACUUUGGAAAAGAAGAUCCAAACGUUGGAGAUGGAGAAUCGACUCUUGAGGAAUCUUGUUGUGGAGAAAGGAGAACAGAGAAACAAUAACGAGUUGGAGUUGUUAAAACAAAGAGCGAGAAUGGCUAAUGAUAAUGAAUUCAACUCUGGAGCUGGUUCUUCAAGUGGGUUUAAUCCAAAGGGUAAUUAAUAUGCUUCUUUAUUUGUGUUAUUUACUUUACAAUAGUGCGAUUAAGCGAUGCUUUUCAUGCUGAGUAAUGU